AUGAGCACGGACGCGUCCAGGGCGUCCUUCUUGAGCACAUUCACAGUGAUCUUGGUGCCUAUCCUGGCCGGCAUCACUGGCCGGGGCAUCUCGAAGACGACAUUGGGGGCAGCGGGGCUUGCUCUGACAGGGACUUGGCUGCUGGAAAACGGGGGAACGAAAGCGUCGAUUGGCGAUCUGUACAACCUGAUGAGCGCAGCUUUCUUUGCCUUGCAGAUCUUUCGAACUGAGUACUACUGCCGCAAGCUGCCCCGAUCGACGAUGAUGCCCAUGCUGGCGACAUCAGUGGUGACAACAGCAGUGCUGGGCAGUGUCCUUGCGGCGGGAACACACCCCACACAGGUGGCCGCCACCCUGCACUCCCUCCUCAUGCCCACAUCUUGGAUGACCACCUUCCAUAUCCCCAUGAAGGAGCUCCUGUACACAGGCUUGCUGUCCACAGACCUGGUGCUGGUGAUUGAGAUGAUGGCGCUGCACAAUGUGCCCAGCACGGAUGCCGCGAUCAUCUACACAAUGGAGCCCGUGCUUGGGUCCAUUCUGGCGUACUUCUUUCUGGGCGAGCGAUGGGGCCCGAUGGGCUGGUUGGGCGCAGGGCUGAUCCUGACGUCGAGCCUGGCCACUCAGCUGCUGGGCGGGGAGCCAGACGGCAUGGAAGAUGCCCGGGAGCAGGGCUGA